AUGCAAACCAAGGAAGCAAACAAACCAUACAUUGUGGAAUCCAAGUACAAAAAUUAUGGAAGAAAAAGAGUGGUCGUACCACCAAACUUACUUGAGUCUAGACCCAUUGGCGAAUGCACUUGCAUUAGAGAUGCUGCAACAUGUUUAGAUUUGGCACCGUCAACGGUGUGGAGGUUGAUAAAAAGAGGCGAGAUAAAGGCUCAUUCAAAUCCACUACACCCGGCUUUAACCGAUGCCAACCAAAUAAGGAGGGUGGAGUGGAUUUUGAGCCUUAUCCAAGAACACACCAUUCAAAGACACCCGAUUUACAAAGUAAUGUACGAUUAUAUUCACAUUGACGAGAAGUGGCCUAGAUGGAAUCAUAUGGGCAAAUGUACGUUUGAUGGGAAAAUUGGAAUUUUCACUUUCAUCAAUAGGGUGGCAGCACAAAGAGACUCAAAGAAUCGACCAAGGGGUUCAAUAGAAAUUAAACCAACCGAAUCAGUUAAUCAAGAAGUUUAUAGGAGUAUGCUCAUACAACAAUUGAUUCCGACUAUACUAAGAAAAUGGCCAAGUGAAGGACCUUCUAUUAUUUUUAUUCAACAAGAUAAUGCAAGGGUUCAUAUCACAAACGAUGAUCCAAUAUGGCAACAACACAAUAGGCAAGGGGGUUUAACUUUCAUUCUUACUCAACAACCUCCUAAUAGUCCGGAUUGUAAUAUUCUAGACUUGAGUUUCUUUAGGAGCAUACAAUCACUUGUGCAUAAAAAGAUGCCCAAAACAUGA